AUGCUUUCGCUUCCUAUUCUGUCUGAAGAUUUUUCCUACGGAACCCUUUGCUACGAUGAGGCACAACAACAUUUGCAAUUUGUACAAGCUGAUACCAUGAACAAAACGGUGUUUGGGACCAAGGAGGACUGUCGAAUCAACCACAUCAUACCGUUGCACUUGGAAAUUAAGGUCGGAGACAACCUGUUCAGGUUCCAGUUUACGUGUGAACCUAAGGAGAUUGAGCUGAAGAUGAAAAAACUUGCGGCGGAGAAGAAUUUCCAAAUUACACCAACUACCGAUUGGAGCACAAGAGCAGCUACACCAGGCUCGACCUGCAACCCAUGGGACAUUGAUGAGCAGGACUUGGUACCGCUUCAGGCCUACGUAGAAGCAAUUAUUCCACCAACUCAAGAAAAAACAGCAACGACCGAAGUCACGACCCCUAUUCAAGUCGAGUCACCUACAAAAAACCGUGACGCUGCGGAAGAACUAAAAUGCAUUACGUGUAAAAUGGGCGGCUCCAAAUGGAUGACCUACUUGGCUACGCCCCUAGUGAAGCAUUGCAUGCAACAUUCAACUUGGAAGACCUUUCGAUGUUCUACUGCCGCCAGUCCUACCAGGCUCUCCGGGACGCAUCAGUUUACAACUUCCCAACACACCGUAGCC